GAGAUAGUCAAGGCCUGGCGCAGCAAGUCAUUGCAGUACCACCCGGACAAGGUCCCCGACGAGCAGAAGGAAGAGGCCGAGGAAAUGAUGAAGCGGCUGAACCUCGCGAAGCAGAACAUGAUGAAGUUUGCGAAGGUUACGCCCGAGCAGGAUGCAGAGGCGACAGCUGAGGCAGCGCAGGAGGAUGAUGAGGACGAUCCGAAAUCGGAUGCUGAAGGAG